AUGAGACGCCGGACGACAUUCAUCAGCGAUCCGUCGAUAGAGUUCGACCCCUCGUCCGUCGAGAUCACAUCCUCGCGCUUCUUCAUCCCAUCAAUAAAGGCUGCUCGAGAAGAGCAACUGAAGUACAGCCUUGACGAGCUUCCAACAGAGCUCCAGUCGUUCCUCGCUGACGCUCGAGAACUACAUGCUCGAUGGACAACCCAACAGAACUACAACCUCUCGGCACCAUACACUACCCGGGCAGCUCCUGGUCUACAAGUCUUUUAUACACCAGGCUCUGCAACCAGAGACGCUGACAGUGAGGGCUUGUUGUGUCGAGCGCUGCACGAGCUGUUCGCGCCCUCUGCAAAAUGCCACGCUCCCGACACAAGCUUCACAAAGGCCGAUGUCCUUGAAUCGGAAUUCAAGACGACUCCUGCCUUGCAGUAUCACGCCACGUUACCAAACCUGGAUCACUUCGUGGUCUACCUUCAGCGAACUUUCUGCCCGGGCUCUUCGCUAUUAUGUAUACACUCGACAUCUCUACUCUCAACCGCAGACUACCUCGACAUUUCAUGGAGCGCAAUCACCCAAUCCCUAACAGUCUCAGCCUUCUGGUCUCGCCCGCCCAGUAGUCUGAUCGAUCCGGCAUCACAGCACAAGACCACUGAUGCAUGGUCUCUCUCACUCGACAUUCCCUCAGCGACCUCCCAAACGCGAGUUGAAGUCGGCAUCCUCUCGCCAGAAGCCAUCACGGCCGACCCCCAAGACCUGACCCUUUCUGGCUUUCUCACCGUCCUCGGUACAGAUACCAAGCCCAAACCAACAAGGUUCUCCUUCCCUAGCCGUCACCAUAUCUUUCCGGCAGCGGCCUCAUCAAAUUACCACGCCAGCAUUCAGCAACCACAAGGAUUGCAUCCGACCCUGAAGAUCACUCUCCCGCACCUCAGAGCCCUCCAGCAGCAACAAAUCACUAUCCCAUCUGCCGCGCAAUGCACGCCUCAAGUCCAUCUGACAUUGCCCUCGCACACCUUCGUCGACCCCUACAGUCUCAAGAUCUCUGAUCCAAACUUCCGCUCGACCUACCACAUUCAAGCCGUGCACUCCCUGACAGGGCACCUUGACCUCGAAGCACCAGAUUACAUCCCCUCAUCACCAUGGGGCUCAAGUCUGCUCUUCACGCCCACCCUCCCGGAACUGGACGCCGAUCUAACUUCGCCAUGGGAAGUCACCGUGCCAUUGCACCUGCGGUACCUUCCGCAUAGCAACGCGACCUCGCACGAACAAGUCACGCUGCCGUACCCAGUCGUGUACUUCGCCUGUCCUGCCGAAGCAGACUCCGCGGCGAAGUUUCCCGUGAACCCGUUCGAUCGUGUUCACCUGGGGUAUGACGGGCUGUAUGGGCCGCUGACGACUUUCUUCCAUUUGAAUCCACAACCUGAGCCCACGGCGAUGGGUAGUGAUAAGCUCACUCUUACACUGAGCGUUCCGGUCCUUCAGACAGGUGUUACGCUAACGCCGUAUGCGAUCGAGCUCGUCACUCUCCUCGCGAUAAGCGUGGGAUUUCUAUGGAUCACGGCGAAACUGUGGCUAGGAUUGAAGAGGGAGUUAGGAAGCUAUAUUCCUGAGACAGUAGAGACAACGAAGCCGAUCACCAAGGAGUGGGAGCAACCUGUCAGUGGUCCAGGCUUCGACGCUGGUAGUCUGAGGAGACGUGGCUGA